AUGAUACUAAAAUGUCAAAUUUUGUUGAAUGUGAUCAUUCUACUGAUCAUCACUAAUGUAUCGUUCGAGCUCAAGUUGUCUCCCAAAGCUGCAUGGAAUCAAAUUGGUACAACAGUUGCGGGAGAUAGAAAAGGAAGCGCAGGAUCAAAUCUCAGUCAACUUAAUGAGCCUGUCGACAUAUAUAUCACCAACAACGACAUUCUUUACAUUGGGGAUUCAUACAAUCAUCGAAUUCUUGUUGUUCAUCUCAACUCUUCGACCAACAACUCCGCUAUCGGCUCUGGACCAGGUCCGGAUUUCAAUCAACUCAAUCGACCAGACGACGUUUUUGUUUUCAAUGCAUCUCUCUAUGUUCUUGAUACCAGCAAUUACCGAGUACAAAAGGUGGCACUUGAUGGUUCUAAUGUCACCACAGUGGCUCAUAUACCUCGACCAGGCACGGGACCAGGCGAUCCACUCUAUCUCUACGUGACUAAUGAAGGCAACAUAUAUGUAAGUGAAAGAUUGGGACAUUGUAUCUGGUUAUUUUUUCCAAACUCAACUACUGGUCACAUCAUUGCUGGACAAACGACGUGGGCGCCACGUACAUUGCAGAUCGUAAGAACAAUCGAAUCAUGA